CCUGCCAAGGCCCAAGCAACUCCGCAAAGUCAUUAGACUUUAGCUCGAGAAAGUCGUUGAUCAUCAUCGACGUUUGCCUGCUUGCUUGCCAGCGCCUCCCAUCCGAACCUCAACCCGUUGACGUUUCUUUCGUCCUUCCGUAGCGACCUGCAGCGAUGUCGUACGAUCCGAGAGAACACUUCCAACAGAUACAGAGAACGCUACAGCAGCGCAGAGGUCAAGGCUUCGGAGGAGUUCCCGGAGGCGGUGCCGCUGGCAGAGGAAUCAUUGCAUUGAUCGGCCUGGGCGUAGCAGGAGUUGUCCUUUCAAAUUCCAUAUUCAACGUUGACGGUGGUCAUCGCGCAAUCAAAUACAAGAGGAUAUCUGGAGUGUCGAAAGAGAUCUACAACGAAGGCACGCAUAUCAGAAUACCCUGGUUUGAGACACCUAUCGAUUACGAUGUUCGCGCGAAGCCGAGAAAUGUCGCAUCCUUGACUGGUACGAAAGACUUGCAGAUGGUCAACAUUACCUGCCGUGUUCUUUCUAGACCUCGGGUCGAAGCAUUACCUCAAAUCUACCGUACACUGGGUACAGAUUAUGACGAACGAGUAUUGCCUUCAAUCGUCAAUGAAGUGCUCAAGAGCGUGGUUGCGCAAUUCAACGCCAGCCAGUUGAUCACACAAAGAGAAAAUGUGGCAAGGUUGGUCCGGGACAACCUUACGAGAAGAGCUGCAAGAUUCAAUAUCAUGCUUGACGAUGUGUCACUGACGCAUCUGUCCUUCUCCCCGGAGUUUACUGCCGCAGUCGAAGCGAAACAGGUGGCACAACAAGAGGCCCAAAGAGCUGCAUUCGUGGUCGACAAGGCGAGACAAGAGAAGCAAGCUACGGUUGUUCGAGCACAAGGUGAAGCCAGAUCAGCUGAGUUGAUCGGUGAUGCCAUCAAGAAGAGCAGAAGUUACGUCGAAUUGAGACAAAUUGAGAAUGCUCGUAAUAUUGCAAGCAUUCUGCAGGAAGCAGGAGGCAAGAACAAGCUAUACCUUGAUGCUGACGGCCUUGGACUCAACGUCAAAGCUGGAGAAGAUACAGCUUCCAGGAAAUAAGAAAAGAUGCGGAGACAUACCAGUUGUAUUUUACUCGGACGGAAGCUAUUUGGGCCUAAGGUCUUUCCAGUCUGUUGUUAGCGGUCCAUGAUCACAAUGUAACAAUUCUUCUCUCAAAAA